AUGAAAUUUCUUGUAUUAUUGUGUAUAUUUAUUUUUAUUCCAUGGUUAUUUUAUUAUUUUCACUUUUCAUUGUUAAUAAUAAUAUUAUCAUUUCUAUUACCGAUAAUAAUCGUUGUUCAAUAUAUAUCAUAUCUAUUUUUACAUCCUAAAUGGCAUAUAUCAACACGUAAUCCAAAAAAUGGAUUACCAGUAAAAAUCAGUGGAAGUGCAGCACAAUUUUAUGGUAGUAAAAUUACUAAUCCAAAAAUUGAUUUUAAUAUUGAUUUUACUGAAGUUGAAAUUGAUUGUCUCGAUAAAUGGCCAGUAUUAUCAUCAUUAGAAGAUGCAAAUGAUAAUCAUUUAACUAAUUUAAAUUUAAAACAUAAAUCUCAUAUAUUACGUGCAUGGUUUGUAUUACCCAAUUCAAAUAAUAAUGAUAUAAAAACAUCUACUUGUAUAUUAGCAGUUCAUGGUGCUGGUCGUGAUAGACGAAAUUUUAUGCGUCAUUUACCAAUAUUUCAUUCAUCAGGUUAUGCAGUAUUGUUAAUUGAUUGUAGAGAACAUGGUAUAUCAGAUAGUCAUGGAAUGGGUAUUGGAUGGGCAUCUAGAGAAGCUAUUGAUGUUAUUAAUGCAGCUUAUUAUAUUAAAUAUAAAUUAAAUUAUAAUAAAUGUGUUGUAUUAAGUACAUCACAAGGAGCAUCUGCAUCAAUUAUUGCUGCAGCCUAUUGUGGACCAAAAUAUGUUUCAAAUCCAUUAAUUGAUGCUGUUAUUGCUGAAAAUCCAUAUAGUUCAAAAGAAUUACUUAUGACAACAAUAUUAGAUGAAUUUUUAGGACAUAAUCUAUAUCCAUUAUCUUUAAUAUUAAAUUCAUUACAACGUUUAUUUUCUAUAUUAAUUGUAUUUAUUGUAAAUAUUCGUUUAGGUUUAUCAAUUUCUAAAACAUCAUCAUUCUUAUUACAUAGUAUAAAUCAUCAUCAUUUAAAUCCUAUUCAAGUUAUACAUGAAAUUUCUCCUCGACCAAUAUUAUUAAUGCAUGGUACGUCAGAUCGUACAAUUCCUUGUCAACAUUCUGAAUUAUUAUAUAAUGAAGCUCGUAAUCCUAAAAAAAUUUGGUUUGCUGAAGGAGCAUUACAUACUGCAAUAUAUGAUAAAUAUCCAGAAUUAUGGAAAUCAACUGUAUUAAAUUUUUUAAAAGAAUAUAAUUUAUAA